AUGGCUAAAUCAUUGGCUGCAUUAACAGAUCCCAGGGAUCUGUUAAGGCUCUACUCAAAUCUCUUCCUCCAAGGAAGAGAUUUAGACAUCACGGAUGAAAGUGUUCCCACGGAGGGGGAGAGUGCAGGCAUUUUCAUCAGCCGCCUAAAUCUAUUUUGUGAUGCAGUUGAUGAAAUUUCCUCCCUGGAGAAUGUACGUCUUCCCCUGGAGGUGACUUUCCACGGUGAAGCGGCUGUGGAUUUGGGCGGCCCCAGGAGGGAAUUUUUCCACUCGUUCAUGGAGGAGGUGAAACACCGACUCCUCCAUGUAAAUGCGGGUGCCAUAGAGGUGCUUCUUCAAGAAGAAGCACUAGCAAGGCACCAUUACUUUUACGCUGGCCUCGUAAUCGGCCUGAGCGUUCUUCAAGGAGGCCCUCUGUUAGGUGGCCUACCAAAUAUUAUUGAUGGCUGCACAGAGGCCCAUUCCCAGUUAAGGCGCGGACUGGAGAGGACGGGUGUCCUUCAGCUGAUUGAACAAACGAACGUAAAGUACUUAUUUACAAAUGGAACAAAUGGAACCAACACGCUCAAUGUUUCCAGACUAAUGCAAAUGGUCCAUGUUGAUUUCUCCGAACCUGGAAGUAAUGCCAGAAUAAAGGAGGAGAAAUCCGUUCAGCACUUCGUGAAAUACCUCCGAGAAGUGUACGGUAAGAUCUAAUAUCGACGGGCUAAAAAUUCUUGUAAGGAAAAUUUUAUUAUGCAUAACGUCUGUUUCUGAGCAUGUUGCACAUGCGCUAUGGGGAGAUUAAUUUUUGUCUUUUCUACAUUAGCAAAUCAUUCGCUAACCAAAAUAUAGGUCGAAUCUUGCACAUGAUCCAAUAUGGUAUAUAAUUCAAAGCAGAAUCUGUCAACCAGUCAGUUCACCCAUGCAGAUGCUCUGCCUUCUCCGUAAUUCUCAGACGAGCAGAUCUUUUAUUAACAAGACUGGUAUUUCCUGUCGCUGUCGUACAAAACCAGCGACAGGGAUAUUCGAUAU